AUGGCCAUCCGCGGUAGCGAACACAGGACCUCCCAUGCCCAUCAUGGUGUUGCAAGGGACAGGUCAUGGUUCUGCGACGAUUACAGGCCGAUAUCUUCUUCCAUCUUCGGCUCGCCCGUCAUAUGCAUCGGCACUGUGCUACUCCCCGUCAAAGUCUCCCCGAAUGCCGAGAACCGCGAGCACGCUACCGUGAAGCUACGCAACGUCUUGCAUACCCCGAAAGCCAUCUGCAACAUUAUAGGCGCGCCAAUUUGCGAUGAUUAUGACGUUGUUCUGGGAAGUUUUCGUAACCCAGCCAACGCUGGCACAAUCACUCUCCCCAACGGCACCGCAGUGGGUUUCUUCACGCUCAAAUCCCGUUUUCAGCUCAGGUUGAGCGUUCCACCCGUUGGGCCACAUGUUGGUCCUUCACCGUUCGAGCCAGGUACCAAUUACAUAAUUCGUGCCGAGUGGCCCUCGUCGGAGCGCCAGAAGUGGCUACCAAGCCCGUGUACGCCCGGCCCGAUGGCAGCCCCGGAUCGCCCCUCCGCGGAAGAAAGGAAGUGGCUCAACAUGCACUACGGCAACGAGUACAAAUUCCUGGCCGCGCACCGCCUCAGGAUCCGCGAUGAAGAGGAACGGCAUGAGGGCCUCCAGGUUAUGCGCGCCUUGAUGCAGCACCACACGGCUGAUACCGUUGGCGGACUGGGACACCCUUCGGAGCGCUUGGCCUCUCCCGAGAGGCAGUGGAUGAAGGAGAAUUAUGGCAACGAGUACAAGUUCCUGGUUCUGCAUGGCCUCGAGAUCACAAGGACGAAGACCGCCUACUAG